AUAGUUGGAGUAAUUGCCUAUGAUUUUCCUAAUGGCGUCAUAGCUGCUCGCACUGGCAUUGGCCACCGCGGAGUGUAUAAUUUAUCUGAUUACUCCGGGGUCGAAAUUGAUGACACGGAUGGGAACUGUCAGAAAGUAGAACAUCAAGACCGUUUUAUCAAGAUAGAGGGUAUUCAAUGUCUGCCAGCAACUGCGGCCCUCAUCAGUACUGAUAUAAGGCACGUAGGCCUCAUCGACAGUGAUAACCAGUUUUUGGGUUGGAGAGCUCCCUUUCCUGGUAUUGGCAAUGUGACCUUUGCGUGGACAACAACAACUCCAGCAAUCCCAGUUCUCAGGGAAGUGAGGGAAAAUCCAGAAUCAGAGCCUCAAAUAGUGUUCUUCUUUAAUACGACCCUUGGUAUUGAUGACAAAAGCAUAUUUGAUGUCCCAGCAAAAUGUAGUCCUGCAAGUAUUAUUGGUUGA